GCUCCGGCGCGCGCGCCCGCCACCCCUCCAUACCCUUCCCUGCGCGCUCUCGUCGAGCAAAGCACUCGCGCCUCAGAGACCGAGAGAGGCUGCUGUAGGCUGACGUCAGCGAGAGACUCUCCGCCGCCGAAUACGCGACUCUGUCCGCACAAACCGCAGGAAUGGCAGCCAUCCGUAAGAAGCUGGUGAUAGUCGGUGACGGAGCUUGCGGGAAGACCUGCCUCCUGAUCGUCUUUAGCAAGGACCAGUUCCCCGAGGUGUAUGUCCCCACUGUGUUUGAGAACUAUGUGGCUGACAUAGAGGUGGACAGCAAACAGGUGGAGUUGGCACUUUGGGACACCGCUGGUCAGGAGGACUAUGACAGACUCCGACCUCUCUCUUAUCCAGACACUGAUGUCAUUCUCAUGUGCUUUUCCAUAGACAGCCCUGACAGCUUGGAAAACAUUCCAGAGAAGUGGACACCUGAAGUGAAACAUUUCUGCCCCAACGUUCCCAUUAUCCUGGUGGGGAACAAGAAAGACCUGCGCAAUGAUGAGCACACACGCCGCGAGCUGGCUAAGAUGAAGCAGGAGCCCGUGAAGUCCGAGGAGGGCCGGGAAAUGGCGGUGCGGAUCGCAGCCUUCGGCUACAUGGAGUGCUCCGCCAAGACCAAGGACGGCGUGCGGGAGGUGUUUGAGAUGGCCACAAGGGCGGCGCUGCAGGCUCGCCGCGGGAAGAGCCACAGCAGAUGUGCACUGCUGUAACGCGGCGCACGCCCUGGGACUUGUUCCAACCUGGCUUCGUUGUACCCUGUGGCCUGGGACUCGGGAGGAAUCACUUGGCGGGAGUGGGAGGACUGAAAUGACCCUGGGGACUCUUGGUUCAGGACGCCUUGAUGGGGUGGGGGGGGGGAUGUAAACCAUUGGACUUUUAAUUUGUGGGCUUUCCACAAGAAGUGUGAAGUGAACACCAGCUUGUCCCUCGCCCCGCCCACGGACCUCAGUAAGAGAUCCUCGCCUAAAAUCCCGCGGUCCGUCCCCGUUUGGACGUUCCGCCGACUGUGUUGUGUUUUGAUGACAAGGUUAGUUCCUCCCCGGGUGACUCGACAGGUCCAGGUGGUCACAAGGACUUGUUAACCCAACACAUUCAAGUCAGUUGCGGACAAAUUCAUGGUAAGGUUAGGACGUCUGCAGUUUUUGUACAAGAUCUCUCCUGAAACCUUUACCCAGACUCCCCCUCCUAGGGUCUUACGUGUGCUGAGGCUAAUCCUGUGCUUACAGACGCUCAGCAGGUACGUGCACCCAGACCUCGGUUUAGUCUUCCACAAGAAUAUUAGUACAUGACAACUCCUUUCAAUAUGAAGCAAUCAGGACUUCAAUACCCGUCCCAUUCCUCCCUCCUGUCCCAGGACCAAGAAGAGUAUUUCACUUCCCUGAUUCACUCCAGCCUGGAGGAAAUAUUGAGUAUCGACUUACUUUUGAAGGUAUUUUCAAUCUUUAAAAAAUGCUAAUGUGACCCGUCUAGUAUUCAAACUCUUCCGAUUGUUCUUCCUGGCCCCGAGGAAGCCGUUUAAUGUAGAAAGACUUGUAUUAUUUACCGCUUUUGAAAAAAAUUAAGUCCUACUUACAUUAUUGUCAGUAUUUAAGAGAAAAAGACAAAAGCAGUAGCGGUUAUUGCUUGCUGAUUUAGGACAGGUGGCCUGUCAGUCAUCCCGGGAGGAAGGCUGGAUUACUGCUAGGACCAGGUUUAGUCCAGACCAGUGGUUCUCAAACUUCUUUUUUUGCCACCUCAGAAAACACUCGGCUCUCCAAGAACCACCGUAAUGACCAACAUUUAAAUACAGUAGCGUACCAGGCCCAAGUAUUCAUUAAAAACAAGGUUUUAUUUAAUAAGUAUAUUUAAUAAUUUUGGCCAGUGUUACGUUACACAGUUUGAACAGUAACACAGUUUGAAUAAUUAAUCCAGUGAUUUUUUUUUGUAUUUUUUUUUUUUUACGACAGGCUCCUGCAGUUACGCGACACAGAACCAUGUGUAGAGAAGGGCCAACUGUGUUUCAAAGUUUGUAGCAAAUGUGGCGCCACGUGAGGGCCUUUUGACCAAUCAGAGAGUCCAAAUCUAAGGACACGGUGGCCGCUUUGAUACAUUUUGUCCAUUUACAGAUGUAAAAACAAAUGAAUGUAUGCUAAGCUUGCUGAACAAAACAUCUAUUUUAGAAGUGAUAAAGAAAAUGAGUGCAAUAUAAUGAAUUGGGCUGACAAAAAUGAGCUAACUCAUGCGAUUAAUCGCAAAAAUAUUGGAUUUUUAAUGUAUAUACCAGGGGUGUCCAAAGUGCGGCCCAGGGGCCAUUUUAAGAAUACAAUUGAAAAAAAUUAAACACAUAAAAAGUUGUAUAAAAGAGCAAACAGGUGAAAUGUAACAAGAAAUUGUUGCAAUGCUUAAAUUACUCAAAGCUGCCAGGCUGUUUCUUUCUUUAAAAAAUAAUAAUCAAUCAAAAUCAAUGUCAUUUUGAAUUAUUGACCUAUUCAAGGCUUCGAUUACGUCACAUUAAAUAUUCCACUUUGAGAUAUUUUUGGGGGAAAAUGUUGCAUAUUUUGUGUUUUGCCAUAUAAAAAAAACUGAGCUGUUUUUUUUAAAGAAGGGCCUAAAACAAACAAACAAAACAUAAACAACAAAACUUAAAAUUGACGGAUAUAUCUGAAGUUGAUCUCAAGAUUAUUUUGCUAAAAGUAAACAGUAAAAAAAAUGUAUAAUUUAUUUUUAACACUUUAAUGAGUAGGACACUUUUGGAUCCCCAAUUAUUUUAGUGUGAUUUGUCUUUAUGUGUCAUAGCUCAAAAUAUAAUAAUGAAUCAAAAUGCAUAAUUUAGGCUCCAAUUAUUAUAUAAUCUCAAAUAUUCCGCCUAGAAAGUUAUUGGGUGAAAAUAUAGCAUAUUUUGUGUUUUUUCCAUUUUUUUUUUUUUCCUAUUGUUGAUCUAGCGAUUUAAAACUUGAAUAAUAAUGAAAAUAAUACUGGAUAAUGACACAUUUUAAAUAUUUUUUUGACGAAAACCCUUUGGUGUCCCUGGGAUCAUAACUGAGUGGAGGUCUAAAUGUAGAUUUUUUAUAUAUAUAUAUAUACAUAUAUUGUAUUGGAUUUUUAAAUAAAUAAUAUGAAAAUGGCCCUUAGUGGAAAAAAUUUGGACACCCCUGGUAUAUAUGCAGAUUAAUCACUUUUUUUCUUCUUUCCUUCAAUGGAUUCUAAUAAUGAAAUUUUAUUUGCGGCCUUUUUUUAGUCUAAUUGAAAUCAAGCCAGCGAGUUUAUGCUACGAGUAAUCCUCGUGAUUAAUCACGAUGAAUCCAAUUUCAACAAUGUGACAAAUCUGGUUUAAAAAGGUACGGUUUGACAGUUUUAUCAACAUCUCAAAAAUAAUGAAUUCAUUUUAUUUUUACGAUCCAAUAAAAAACAAACGGCGGGCCAAAAUUGGCCCCCCCGGCCCGCACUUUGGACACACCGUCCUAAAUAAUCUGCGCCAUGUUUGCUACCAACUUUGAAACGGAGUUGGUAGUACUCUCUGACGCCAGCGUUUGAGAAUCACUGAUCUGGAGGCCUCCGAAACAUGUGCAAAUCAUUUUUAUUUCACCUUUUUAUUGAAUGUUUAAAAUCUUGAUUUUUUUUUUUUGGGGGGGGGGGAUGCUGAAGUUAAGAACAGGAAAACCAGGCUGUAUGCAAUGUCUGUAAAUAUGAACUAUGGGUUUUUUUCGUACCAGACGACACGCACAGGACUGGAAACUGUAUUUGUAAACCGGCUUUGGUUUGUGUAAUAAAUGACUUUGGAUAACA